AUGGAUGCACAGAGAAACGAGUCGGACCAGCGUAGCGCGCUCGGCUCAGUCACGCACGUCACAUCAGUCAGUCGAGUAGCGAUCUCGAUAGCCUGCGAACCGUACGCACGGCGCACACGUGCCUUCGCGCUCGCGUCCCAUCCCUACUCCACGCCGCCGCGCAGACAACCGUGCUCGCCGCCGCAAAAGCACGUGUGCGCAGCGACCAUCGUACGUUUCGUUUUCACUCAUCAUUACAAGCCGCCGUUCUACAUCAUCGCACUCGCAGUCACCGCCGCCAUCGCCAUCGCCAUCGCCAUCGCCGACGCCGUUGCCGCCCUUGACUGUCUUCCGCCACCGUUUGUCUGC